AUUACAAAAGACCUGGAGUCCAUUCAGUAAAACAAAUUGUUUUUGUUAUUUUUAAAUCUGCAUCUAAAUUCAGACACGGACCCCCCAAACUCCAACUGCCUCCUCGUGGUUUCAGGUUUGACGUGGAACCCCAAUAAAUGUCAAAAAACCCCGCAGUCACGCGCCCGUCUGGAGGUCUGCAGGCGGCCGAGAGCAGCAACAAUACUCCCCAUCUCCCCCAGGACCUCCCAGACCUCCUCUCCGCUCCAUCCCUCCUCCUCCUCCUCCUCCUCUUCCUCCUCCUCCAUCGCCUGUCACACAUUUUCCACUUUCCUCGCCUCUCUGGACCCUCCCCCGUUUGGAAGCAGCUACUUUGACAAAAACAGAUUCUGCUUCGGUGAGGUCCGUCGGGACUGAACGGGAUCUUUCUCCGGGACCGGUUUGGAGUGAAAUCCCGACCCGAGCGGCGCAGAAACUCCGGCGGAGGACCAUGCCGGCUCUGCUCAGCCCCGCCGUCCUGCUGCUGUUUGGCCUCCUGACGGGCCUGAGCUCCUCUCUGGACCCCAGAGACCCCAACGUGUGCAGCCUGUGGGAGAGCUUCACCACUUCAGUCAAAGAGUCCUACUCUCAUCCCUACGACCACGUGACAGAGGAGCCGUGCUCGGACCCCCGCACCUCCAACCGAUGCCUCCGCCACAGAAUCACCUACAGAACAGCCUACAGGCAGGCAGUGAAGACCGACCACCGCAAGAGGUACCAGUGCUGCCCCGGGUACUACGAGAGCGGAGGCAAAUGUGUCCCUCACUGCAGUAAAGAGUGCGUCCACGGCCGGUGCGUGGCUCCCGACCGCUGCCAGUGUGAGGGCGGCUGGCGAGGCGAGGACUGCUCCAGCGCCUGUGACGACCAGCAUUGGGGCCCCGUCUGCCACCAGCAGUGCAAGUGUAAGAACGGCGCCCUGUGCGACCCUGUGGAGGGGGCGUGUCGGUGUCCACCGGGGUUCAUCGGGCGGUACUGCGAGGACCCCUGUCCCGCAGGAACCUUCGGAAAAGGCUGCCUGCAGAGGUGCGGCUGCAAGAACGGAGCGUCCUGCGAUAAAGCCACCGGGGAGUGCAGCUGCCGGGACGGAUUCACCGGCACCUACUGUGAGAAGUCGUGCAGGAAGAAGUGCCCGCCGCGCUGUCCCUGCCAGAACGGCGGCAUCUGUAAAGGCAAAGGAGUCUGCGCCUGUCCGCCGGGAUGGACGGGUCUGGUCUGCACAGAACCGUGUCCAGAGGGCCGGUUCGGGGCAGACUGCGCCAGAGAGUGUCUUUGCCACAACCGCGGUAAAUGUGACCCUGAAACAGGACACUGCAAGUGUGCCAAAGGCUUCACGGGAGACAGGUGUGAUGAAGAGUGCGCUGCUGGGACCUACGGUCAGGACUGUAAGGGGGUGUGCGACUGUGCCAACGGCGCCCGCUGCUUCAACAUCCACGGGGGCUGCCUGUGUGAGCCGGGCUUCAGCGGGCCGCAGUGCAAGAGCCGGAUGUGCAAGCCCGGAAACUACGGCGUGCACUGCGAGCACAGAUGUUUCUGCGAGGAAAAACACACUCUCAGCUGUCACCCAAUGAAGGGUGAGUGUACGUGCCAGCCGGGUUGGGCGGGGCUUCACUGUAACGAGACCUGCCCUCACGGUUUCUACGGCGACGGCUGCCUGGAGCCCUGUCUCUGCGUGAACGGCGGCGAGUGUGACGGCGCCACAGGGCGGUGCCACUGCCCCCCCGGGUUCACGGGCCUUCACUGUGAGAACAUCUGUAAGAGCGGGACCUACGGCAGGAACUGCUCUCUGGAAUGCUCCUGUGAAAACUUUAUCGACUGCUCGCCCGUGGACGGGACGUGUUUCUGCAAAGAGGGCUGGCGGGGGCCCGACUGCUCCGCCCCCUGCUCAGAGGGUACCUGGGGGCCGGGAUGCAACUCCACCUGCCAAUGCAGCAACGGCGCAAAAUGCAGCCCUGCAGACGGAUCCUGCAUCUGCGCAGCCGGCUGGCAGGGGGCACACUGCGACCAGCCGUGCCCGAUGGGCGCGUUCGGGCCGGGCUGCCUGAAGAGGUGCGACUGUGUUCAGGCGAGCGGCUGCCAGCCCGCCGACGGGGAGUGCCACUGUCUGCCAGGCUGGAGGGGCCCCCGCUGCAGCGAGCCGUGUCCGGAGGGCCUCUGGGGGCCCAACUGUAACCUGUCCUGCUUCAAGCACUGCCCCAACAGCGACACGUGUGCGAGGGAGACGGGGGAGUGUGUGUGCCGUCCAGGUUACUGGGGAGUCAGCUGUCAGAACAGCUCGCUGGAGCAGGUGGGCAGCGUCAUGGUUCCUCUGCCGCCUGGGGAGGGCGACUCAUGGGGGGCCAUCGGGGGCAUCGUCGUGCUCGUCCUUCUUGUUGUGCUGCUGUUGGUGCUGCUGUUGAUGUACCGCCGCAGACAGAAGGACAAGCAGAGCAACACGCCAACCGUGUCCUUCUCCACCAGCCGCACGGUCAACUCUGAGUACGCGGUUCCAGAGGUUCCUCACAGUUACCAUCACUACUACUCCAACCCCAGCUACCACACGCUGAGCCAGAACAGGCCGCCGCUGCCGCACCUCCCCAACAACCACGACCGCAUCAUCAAGAACACCAACAACCAGCUGUUCUGCAAAAACGCCGCGCGGGAGAGGCGGGGCCUGUUCGGGGUCGAGACCAACGCCACUCUGCCUGCAGACUGGAAACACCACGAGCCUCGCAAAGACUCCGGAGCGUUUGGCAUCGACAGGAGGUACAGCUACAGCGCCGGCCUGGGGAAAUAUUACAACAAAGAGCUGAAGGACCUGAUGGCGGUGAGCAGCAGCUCGCUGAACAGCGAGAAUCCUUACGCCACCAUCAAAGACCUGCCGGGCCUUCCCCCCUGCCCCCCCGAGAGCAGCUACAUGGAGAUGAAGUCGGCUGUGCCCCGAGAGCGGGCGUACACCGAGAUCAGUCCGCCACCCUUCAGAACGGCCACGCUCCGCAGAGAGCGUCAGAGCUCCCUUGGCCACGCCCCCCACGAGGACCCCCACUGCCACUACGACCUCCCGGUGAACAGCCACAUCCCCGGACACUAUGACCUCCCGCCGCUCCGCCGCCCGCCGUCCCCCUCCCCCAGGAGGACUUUUCAGUGAGGAGCGCAGCUGUUUUCACUCCUCCUCUCUUUGGGGAUGAUGAAGAAAAACAGAGCUGCCCUCAUUUCUGAGCAGCGCUGCCCCCUGUGGGCUUUGAGUGGAACUCCUCCUGCAAACGGAGGGCGUCCAGCAUGAGGAAGACUGCAGCUCUUCAUCUUCUGCAGCUGAUUGUGAAGUUUUUAGAUGGACGUCACUCGGAUUCAUUCAGAAAAAUAUUUUCUGAUUGGUUUAUUCCUUUGGAAAAACUUCAAUCACUUUUUCCAGCGUUUCCUGCCAGUUUUUCAGCACGCCGCUGCUGCCGCGUGAGGACUUUGUAAAUAUAGAGAUGGAAAUAUUGUUGACGUCACAUGAAUGUAAAACCUGAACUGAGGUGAACAUGUUUUUUUAUAGCAAGUAUUCUCUACACAAUCUUUUAUUUUUCUAUUCAUUUGUCCAAAUAUGGUUGUUUUGUGGGCGGAGCCAUCCUGGGUCAGAACAUAUACAGUAAGUCAGCUGUACUACUGUAACUAAUUAAUUGUUUACACAGUCAGCUGCUUUUCUCUGCAUCAGAAUUAUGUUAAUUGCGUAACAAUUGAUGAGUUACAUUGCAACAUCUCUGAUCUUAAACAGUAAAAAAUCUAGUUUUUAGCAAAUUGACCUUAAAGUGGUGAAAUACUGACCUCUAGUGGAUGGGUGCUGCAACCACUGCAAAGAAAAUCAGUUCGUCACACAAUUAAUGUGAAAAAAAGGCAAAAAUAACCACAAUAAGAUGCUCUGAAUUGUCAAUAAAUUAAGGAAUAGACACCUACUAAAGCACAUCUGUGCAAAGAGAAAACAAUUUAAGAACUGGAAAAAUUGAAAACUUUAUAAAUCUUUCAAUAUUUCAAUUUUUUAGUUUUCAAGUUUUAAACUUCCAGAACAUUUUAGCUCUUUUAUUUCACUCAUUUGUGAUGAUGGCUACACACGGAACAUUCUUGAAUGAACUUCAUGAUGGUGUCGGAUAAAAAUGGUGUUUAUUCCUCAGUACAGAACUCCAGAUUCAACCUUGGAUCUGAAUUUAUUCUCAUGUUUAUUUUCAGAAAACUAAUGAGAUUUCAGGUUCCAGUGGAAUCUCUGACUGGUACAACAUCGCCCCCUGCUGACAUUAGAUGGUACAUAUAUUCUCCUGUUGCAGCUAAGAUUUAAAAUAAACAUUGAAGUUCUCAGUUGAUGGAAGAUUUAAAAGUUUUCUGGUUCUUUUGAUGUUAAUUUGAUUGUUUUUUAAGCAGAAAUUUGUAAAACACUAAAAAAGAUUAGUUUAGUUAACAUUUUGGGUUAAAUUCAUCAAGCUGUUGGUGUUCAAAAACUGUUUAAGAACCACAGAAAAACAGUUAAAUGUGCAUACAAUUAUGCACAAAAUUAGUUGGACCAGCUGUUUACUAAAAGUA